GUCCUUAUGUUCUAGGAAGCUUUUAUUAAUAAUUUGUGUGUUCUGAGGACAAAAUGUCACAUUAGAAGUCGGGCUGCUUCAGUAUUUAAGGGGGUCAGUUUAUGGCCAGUUAAGGCGUCUGGGACUGGCAGAACAAGUGUUGUUUCCUGUGAGUUUUAUUUGUGUAAUGCCCAGGGAUUUUAACACUAUGCUCUUGUCUUUUUGUGGAGAGGGUUUUUCCUGGGAGGAAAUAGAAAGGAUGGAGGAAAUGUCGUCAGAGUCUAGCUCUCCCUCCAAAACCCCCGAGGACGAGGGGUCCAGAUCAUGGGAGGAGUGGCAAAACCAGCUGCAUGCUUAUGUAGCAUGGGUAAACUCGCAGCUGAAGAAGAAACCAGGAGUGCGUCAGAUCGAAGACCUGAGAAAUGACAUGAGGGAUGGUGUGGCCAUAGCAGAGCUGAUAGAAAUUGUCUCUGGUGAACAUUUGAAUGGAAUUCACAAAUGUCCUUCCACAACAACAGAAAUGAGGGAAAAUGUUGAUCGAGUGUUACAGUACAUGGCCGAAAAUCGAAUCCGCAUGCACCACACAAACGCUAAAGACAUUGUGGAGGGCAAGUUGAAGAGCAUCAUGAGGCUGAUUUUGGCCUUGGCUGCUCAUUUCAAGCCCCAGUGUGUGAAACAUUCCACCCACCAAAGGAGACCCUCAGGAUCUGCAAUGACUGGUCUUGUUCAGGGAGCGUCUGCAGCAUUGACAGAAGCCCGCAGAAAUGCUGCCAAGGCUGGUAAUAGCUUCAGGCGAAACAGACCACCCACCAACUACGCUGAUAGGAGAAAAACCUAUCAUGGUAGCAGUUCAGACCAGCUAAGUGAUUCAGACCAAAGUUUUGGGGACCAAAGAAAAUCCCUCUUUGGGCGGGAUGAAGGGGAUGGAGCCAGUGCUGACAAAAGCCCCAUUCCUAGUGCUCGAGUACCCAGCUCUAUGACCCAGCAUCCAGCAAUCAGGGGUACACCCCUCUCCAAAAGCCAUUCCUCUGAUCAUAUAUCAGCAAAGGACAGUGGGACAGAAUUAGAGGACUCAGGGUCUAACUAUGUGGAACGCUCACAUUUUGAUGACCUAGUUUCUGAAUACAUAGAUGUGUAUGAUGAUAUGAAACAUACCAAAGAUGACUUACUCAAAUUACAAGACUUGUUAUUAUGUGGAGAGCCACCUGAUGGUGAAGAGGGAGAUAAAUCUGUGAUGAUUGGGUCUAGUCCAGAGGAACAAAUUGCAAUAUUAAAAAGUCAGUUACUACAGUCAACAAUAAUACAAAACGAUUUACGAGAAGAUUUGUCUCGGACAAAGAAUGAAUGUAUGCUACUACAGGGAAAUAAGGGAGGGUUACAGCAAAGACUAUCAGAACAGGAUGAAACAAUCAGCCAACUAAAGCAGGAAAUCUUACGGAGGGACUUUGACAAGCAAAAUACAGAAUUAGAAAAGAUUGAAUUGAGGAAAAAUGUACAAGAAAGAGACAAGACGAUAUUAGAUCUAAAGAGGGACAUGGCUAGAAGGGACCAAAGAAUUGACCAACUUCAGAAUGACCUACAAAUGCAGAUCCAGGAGAAGGAGUCAAUCACUAGAGCUCUAAAGCAAAAAAUCUCUGAACUUCACGACCGACUGAGGGUGGUGGGAGAACAUGGGGCCAAUUUGAAGGCAAAAGUGGCAGUUCAAGAUAAAAGGAUGGCAAAGUUGGAGGGAAAGAUUCUGUCUUCAUCAGAUAGAGAUUCCUCAGUGUCUUCACAAGGUAGUGUAGAUGACCAUCAGGUUGUGAGGGACGCCCUGAACAGUUUACGGGUCAGCUUUAAGGGAGGGGAUCCACAACUCCACACCCUGGACACCUUAGAACAAAGCGUGUCCUCCCUCCUAGAGAAAAACCACCAAAAUAACAGUACAUCCAGUAAUGGAAGUCACCAGAAUUCUUACACCAAUAAUUCUUCACGGAGAAUCAAUUUUGACUCCACGGGUGAUGUUAGGCGAUCACCUAUUACAGCUAUACCAGGUAGUACAAGUUUUUCUGUCAACCAGCUAGAUGGGCCACCAAAUGGGAAUAUCAGUAAAAGCCAAAACUCCACUAAAGUGCUAUAUUUCACAGACAAAACUGUCAAUCCAUGCAUGUGUACAAUCCAUAAAAGAUUAGGGGAAAUAACUCUUAAAGAUUUCAAAAAGAUCCUUGAUAAGAGUGUUGGGAACUAUCGUUAUUCAUUCAAAGCUCUGGAUCCGGAGUUCGGGACAGUAAAGGAGGAGGUGAUGAAUGACGAUGACAUCAUUCCGGGAUGGGAAGGCAAAAUCGUGGCGUGGAUCGAAGAAGAUACGGGAUAGCAGCGGAAAAUACAGGGAUCCUCGCCUGAUAAGCUUGCCUGUUCCUUGUGAUACCUCAAUUCAUUUUCCCUCCUAGUCGCCCUUCUUUGUUGACAUUUUGAAAUUUGUUACUUGUUUGUCGUUUUUGCCUUCGAGCAAAGAGUGCUCUUGAAUCUGGAUCGUUUGCUAUGUAGUAUUUGGCAGUCAGAGAGAGUAGUUCAGUUCCCGUUUGAGGCCAGUGCUUCCAAAAAUAGGAUUUUUGUCUCAGAAAAGAUCUGAAGUUCAUUUUUUGUUUUAAUGUAGAAUAAAACUAGAUCUGAUAUCAAAUAAAAUCAGACAAUGUUCCUUAUUUAUACUUUGACACAUUAUACAUGUACAGAUAGACGUUUGUAAAAUACAGAACAACAUUUUGUUUUAUAAGGGCAGUGAUAUUUAUUCUUUUUCCGGGUAUUGGACAUAGAUAUGUCUUGUUCUUGUGCAAUAAUUUUGGCAUAUAAAUGUAAAGGCAGUACAUAAAUAUAUGUUGAUAUCUAAUGAUAUCUACAUUGUAACAUUUUGAAGUGUUUAUUAAUAUACAUUGAUUAUAUAUAGUCAUUUUGAAAGUUUGCAAGUUCUUGUCUCUGUAUACUAACUUUCAGUUAACUUUUAAUUAAUAAUUAUUUAUUCUCUUCUUUUAGCUCUCUUUUCUAGUAAAGAUCUGUGAUAAAUCCUUGACGUACCUUUUUGUGCUCAAUUUUUUUUACAUGCUUGUAUUUUUCAUUCUGUUGUACUCAAAUAUUUGGUGUAUAAAAAGUGAAGGGGUGGGGUGGGUUGGGGGUCAUAUGUGACUGUUCUGUAUUAGAAAAUUGAGAGUGUAUUUAAUACUGUUUAUAUAUAUAGUCAGGGCUUCAUGCGAAUAGUUUUAGAUUUUAUUAAAACAGGAGACCCAUUCCUGUAUGUUUGGUAUAAAUUAAUAAUUUGCUUAAGUUUCUGAAUCUGUAUGCAGCUCAUUUGCUUUUCAAGGUUAAGUAUUUUUUUUUUCUUAAUACCAAAAUACAAUUUAAAAAUAUAUAAGCAGUUACAGCAUUUGGUAUGUUUAGCUAAAUUGCUCUUUUACAUUAUUUUCACAACUCUACUGAAAUUUCCUUAUUUUAGACUAGCUAGUAUGCUGAAAAAAUAUGACUACAUACUUGCUUCGAAGCAUGAAUUGACUCUAGUUGUCUUGAUAAAUGGAUAUCAGCUUUCAAAUGCAUCUUUCAAAUUAUUUUAAAUAGAUCUUAUUUUGGAAAUUGGAAUAAUGUAUUUUUUCGUUUAACUUGUGUCAUUGAUUGUUUAUUCUUUGUGUUUUCCAAUCUAGUCCUUUUUUGGAAAGUUUUAUUUUAUUCUUCAGGGAAACAAACAUUCCUUGCUAAAGAUAUUGUUCAGUAUAACUAACAUGGCAUUCCUGUUCACAACAACUGGCAUUCCUGUUAAAAAAAAAAACUUUUAGUUUUGAUUUAUGAUUAAUGAUAUUACAAUGUAAAAGUAAUAUCAACUUGAACCAACUGGUAAAUCACCUUUGUAUAUUCUGUCCAUUUUUUCCACACACAAAAGAUCAAACAGAUUUGUUGAUAUUUGCUUAUAUUUGAUAUUCAGUUUUCUUUUCAAUAUUUUUGUUACACAGUGUAAUCAUUUGUCUCAAAUCAGUGGAAGGUUUCCAUUAGAAGUGUAUAAAAUGGUGAUAAGUCCUCCAGGAGAGGAGAAACUUUUUAUAUAUUUACACUUAUUUUGUGUGUGUUGUAUAGUAGUCCGCAGUAUUAUUGCCUCUACACAAUUUUAAGCAGACGUCAUUCCUUGAUUAUGAUGUUUAAACUGCCUUACAAUCCAAGAUGUUUGAACAUGUAGGAACAUUUUUUUUUGUUUUCGCAUUUGUGAAUAAAUGUUGAAAGAUGGUUAAA